GAACUCGAUCAAUGGAUAUCAUAUCCCAUUUUCCCCUUCAUUCCUUCUUGGGAUUGUAUUGGCGAUAACGAGUUACGGAAGCUAUGAUAUCAUGGUAACCUUGCCAGUAUGCAGCUGCAACUAACUGUAGUACUUCACCAGUUUGAAUAUGGCAGCAGUCGAUCUUACCAGUACGGUACGUACCAAUGAUCCAUUCGUCUGCUCGGGCGGCGCCCAACGAGGAGCAACAUGUGUGGUGCAGAUCAUGAUGCACGAGUUGGGGGAGCCCAAUCAACUCUUCUCAUAAUUCUUGUUUUGAGAAAAACAAAUUCGCAAUCUAACUAUUAGUAAAACAGAGAACGUCACAAACGACAAGCUCACAAAGAACCCACAAAUAUGAUGUCCUCAUCCGAACGAUCCAUGACCAAAGAGGAGGUUAAAGGUACAAGCAGAAGCAACGACGACACGUCCUCGACUUCUAUCACCACGGUCGAGCAAGAAGCUCCGACAAUCGGGUGUGGUGUUUUGGCCCGAUAUCCAGUACUCUCCGUCCUGGGCUUUGCCGCCGUGGGCAUUGGACUGGGGCUUGGUCUCAGCUUUUGGGAACCAGAGGAUCCCAACGACAAGGACACGGUCCUGCAAUGGGUAGGACUCAUUGGUGACCUCUUUAUUCGAGCCCUCAAAUGUGUGGUUCUCCCCCUCGUCUUUGCCAAUGUCAUCUUGUCCGUCGUCGAAAUGUUGACUGUGGGAAGGGCCGGUGCGAUUGGAGGAAAGACGAUUGGAUUCUACCUGCUGACAACCGUUGCUGCCUCCAUUUUGGGAAUCAUCUCCAUUGUCAGCUUCAAAGGAUUGUUCGAGGAAGGGGACUUUGAAACCUCCGUCAAAAGUACCAUUCGGCUUGGUUGCGACGGCGAAGGCAGCUUCCUUGCCCACAUGCCGGAUGGAUCUGUGACCUGCACUGCCAACUUUACCGAUGAUUCAUAUACCACCUUUUUUCUCCAUGACGUUGACAGCACAUUCGUCACAACGUCGAGUGGCCCCGCCAAUGAUAUCAGCUUGUCGGAUACAAUCUACCAAGGUGUCUUUGAGAAACUCAUUUCAAAUAACAUCGUCGAAAGCUUUGUGGAAGCAAACUUUGCAGCUGUCGUAAUGUUUGCAAUGGUCUUUGGGCUUGCCUUGGGACGAGUUGUCCUCCAAAAGACCGCCAAUCUGGCUGAUUCCUUUGUCAUCUGCUUUCUCAAAGAGAUUGACGAAGUCUUCCUUCUGCUCAUCAAUUGGAUCAUUAGCAUCACUCCCUUUGCAGUCCUCUCCCUCAUCGCGAAUGCCAUUGGCAAGCAAGAUGACUUGGCCGGUUCCUUCCGCAAUGUCGGGUACCUGGUUGCCGCGACCAUUUUGGCCAUGGCCGUCCACUUUUGCGUCGUUUACGUGGGUCUCUACACCGUCAUGACUCGAUCCAACCCCUGGUCCUAUUUCAAACAUCUCAUCCCUGCUCAGACUACCGCAUUUGCCUGUGCCAGCAGUGCUGCCACCAUCCCCGUGACAAUGCAGUCGGUCAAAGCGACUGGAAAAGUUCCUGAGGCUGUGUCUCGCUUUGUCAUUCCGAUGGGAGCUGUGAUCAACAUGGACGGUGGCGCAAUUUACUUUCCCUGCGCCUGUAUUUGGAUGGCUGUCAUCAAUGGCAUUGAACCAACAUUUGGCAACUACAUUCUCUUGGUGAUCCUUGCUACUGUUGGAAGUGCUGGGGCCGCCCCGGUACCUUCUGCCAGCUUGGUGCUCAUCAUCACUGCGUACAACACAGUGUUUGGAACCACUGGCACACCGGAGGGCUUUUCCUUUAUUCUCGCCAUCGAUUGGUUUAUGGAUCGAUUGCGAACCACUCUGAACGUCACGGGUGAUGCGAUUGUUUGUGGUUUGGUAGCACACACUGCAGCACUUGAUACAGCAGAUUCUACGGAGGAUGCUUCCGAUCCAGGAACAAACUCGGACGAAGAGGGUACUUUGUAAUCAAACCAUUGCUUGGGGCUGACCAAUAGCUAUAAGUUGCAUCCGAAGCCAAGAAACAUUCAGACAAUGGCCAGCUGGGCCAACGCGUAUUCCUUGUAGCUGUUAAACUAAUCAUGAAAGUUUGUCUU